GUUGCAAAAUGGUACAGUUGGCGUUUGCGCCGAUCGCAAUCAAAAUGGCAUUCGUCCCAUCGUUGGCCAUUAUCGGGCUGGUGCUUUGCCUUCACGGCGCCCAGGCAGUGGGAAGCGCCGAGAACAACCUUGGCCUGAAGCUGUUUGUGCAAAGCAGCGGGGAGCACCAGCAACCCCAGAACUACUACCAAAACUUUGCACCGUAUCGGCCACGUUUUGCCGAAGCAAAGUACGCCCCGGAACAGUUUCGCACCGGGUACGGCAAUGUGGUCACGUCCCAGGCUGCCUUUGUGCAGGCCAUCAACAACCGUUCCACCACCUGGAAGGCGGCCGUUAAUCCGAAACGCAACGACCAGUACCGUGCCGGUGUGCUGUCCGACGAGUCGAUGAAAUUCCAGCUGCCUCAAGGAUUCGUGCUGAAGCUGCACGAGGACCCGUUGCCGGCAUCGUUCGACGCGCGUCAAAAGUGGUCCUACUGUCCGAGCAUGAACAUGGUGCGCAGUCAGGGAUGUUGCGACUCAAGCUUUGCUGUGGCGGCCGUUUCAACCAUGACCGAUCGUUGGUGCGUCCAUUCGGAGGGCAAGGCUCAGUUCAACUUUGGUGCGUACGAUGUGCUCUCCUGUUGCCACCGGUGCGGAUUUGGCUGUGACGGAGGUGUGCCGAGUGCGGUGUGGAACUAUUGGGUAGAGAGUGGUAUUACCAGUGGUGGACCGUUCGGCUCGAACGAAGGCUGCCAAUCGUAUCCGUUCGAUGUUUGCAAGAAGGCGGGAGAUGCUGCCGAAGCGCCUCGGUGUCUGCGGGUCUGCCAGCCCGGGUACAACGUUACCUACGCAGAGGACAAACAUUACGGACGGGUGGCGUACAUGGUACCGAAGGACGAGGAACGCAUCAUGUACGAGGUGUUCAACUUUGGACCGGCUCAGGCCACCUUCACCAUGUACACGGACUUUGUGCAGUACCAUAGUGGUGUGUACCGGCAUACGCUCGGUCUACGCGUUGGUAUGCACUCGGUCAAGGUGAUGGGCUGGGGUGAGGAGAACAACGUCAAGUUCUGGCUGUGUGCAAACUCGUGGGGCGCUCAGUGGGGAGAGGGUGGAUUCUUCAAGAUUGUCCGUGGCGAGGAUCAUCUCGGUUUUGAAUCGAAUGUCGUCGCUGGUUUGCCGUUCUUCCGCUAAUGGGACUAACUUACUGCGAAAACACGAAAUAUAUUUACAGCAAAUGACUAUUUAAA